AUGUCGACCCUUCCCUUGAGCGAUCAAGAAGCCAGAAUUUGGCUGCGCAUCAUUGGACUUUCUGAAGAUGAGCUCUCUCGAGUCAACUCAUCCCUCGAGUACCACAAGGAGCGCCUCCAGUCCAUAACAAUCCAAAUUGACUCUGUUCUGGACCCUGUGCCAGGAAGCGAACAGUUUACAACAGCAUUUUGUGGUUUGCCUUUGCGGAGAAGGAAGAGGAUAGGAAGCAAGGCGAAGGAUGAUAAGCCAGGUAGACUACCUGGGGCUCUCGUCAAGUCGGAGGAAGCUACGACCAAAUCCAUUGCCAACCUGCGCUCUCUGCUCUCUCCAAUUCGACGACUACCUCCAGAGAUACUAACCGAAAUAUUCGAAUACUGCCUUCCCAGCGAUAAAUUCAUCCGUGCAUCGCCGUACGAAGCUCCACUGCUUCUUACCCAUGUCUGCAGCGCAUGGAGAAAUGCGUGUAUCGCGAAUCCGCUACUGUGGCGCUCACUAGAAAUUGCCAACGAUUGUUUUGUUCUCGACAAUGUGCACUGCCGAAACGCAUCUUCUCUCACUCACAUGUGGUUUUCCCGAGCAGGAGCCUGUCCGCUGUCAUUGUCAGUGGAGGACGACAAUAUAUGCUCCGAGCGCGUGAUGUGGAUCAUAUCUUCAUAUGGGCAUCGUUUUCAGCAUCUGAGGAUCAAUAUACCCCAACCCGUCACUCUCCAGUUCGGCAACGCCAACGGUUAUACGUCUCUGGAGACCUUUGAGAUAAUCACCCCGUAUGGCCUUGAAGAUUUCCAAAUUGCAGCACUGUGCAACUCCGUAUUGAUGACUGCGCCCAGGCUGCGGGAAUUUUCAUGGAAUAACAGUGCUCACUUCCCUCCCUCUCCUCUCCGCAUGCAUUGGGGAAACCUGACUCGCUUGUCACUCAACACCAGUGUCCAUGUCGACCAGUGUCUGAUGAUCAUGUCGAAGCUUGAACGCAUAACUCAUCUCACGUUCCACAAUAUCUGCCUGUCGAAUCCUACCUUGUCCAAUCUUAAAAUCCACCUGCCCGAGCUCACCUCCUUCAUCAUUUGCGGUGACUACAAUAUAUCCAGAAUAUUCGAAGAGGCCACGACGCCGAAACUCAAUGAACUCAUUCUCAACCUUCGAUAUUGGCCGGGUAGAGCAGUCACCGAUUUCCUCCGUCGCUCUCGAUGUCCUCUCCAAAGUCUGAACCUAUAUUUUCCACCAUUGACGGAGUCAGACCUCCUUGAGUGUCUUCAGAUUGUCCAGGGCACUCUCAAAGAGUUUACCGUCCAGAGCAAUCCGGGGAUGUACUCCGUUACAGACGACAUCCUUGAUCGGCUCACAGACACGGGCGUCGGGCAGGUGUUGUGUCCACACCUAUCCGUAAUUGCACUGUACGACUGUAUCUCCUGCUCGCCAGGACGCUUCGCGAAAAUGGUUCGUUCUCGCCUCCAACCAUUUCCCACUUCCCCCAAUAGCGUGAUAUGUGCGCAGAAAAGAGUGGUUCCUCUUCGGGUAAUAGAGAUGUACGACGGUGAAGCGGAACUCCACCAAUUAAAGGACUUGCGUCCUCUCGGAUUGGUUUUGAAAAUGUACACGCUGGACGGUUUUGCUCUAGAAAUGGCUCCGGAGGAUAUCGAGCGCUUGAGAAUAUUUAAGGAAGAGGGUUUGGUCUUGCGGGUGUAUGAGCCUUCAACUGGACAUUUCGGACCGGUAGAAUAG